AUGGAGCGUGAGAGUGGCGUUUCCCCGGGAGACGUGAGGCUGAGUCCCGCCCCCAACGGCCACACUGGGCCCACUCAGGGGGAAACAUCCACGGCUGUUGAUGCAGAUGAGUCAAAUUUGAUAUGGAUGAGGCGUAUGCUCCAAACGGCCUUUUCUCAUGCACGGCUGGUCUCAAAUGAGGUGUCAAAGGUGUGGAGUUUCAGUUCCCUGUUUUCUCCCGUGGAAAGAUGGAGAAUCGGGGACAUUUCCUCCAUGUCAAACCACCUAAAAACCUGCUCCUUCUACCAGAAAGAGGAACACAACCGACCGAAUUGCAAAAUUGCAAAAUUGCAAGUAAAAAACCCAACGAAGCCUGCCAGGUUUCACGAGCAUUGUGACAAAUGUUACGACAUCCACUGUCAGACUUCGUGUCUGGUCAUCCGCUGUGAGAAGAACUGUGGAGCUUUUUUCCACUCCUGUAAACAGGAGGAGCACCAACUAUUGUGUCCCAAUGAAACAACGCCAUGUUUAAACGCAGAAUACGGCUGUCCUCUAACUAUGACUCGCCAUCAACUAUCCAAACACCUGGAGUUUUGCCCGGCAAGCCUGGUCUGCUGUUUUCAGGAAUGGAACCGGUGGCCACACCCCGAAACCGACUUAAGCUUUUACAGAAAUGUGUCUGAAAACGUUCAGGAAAACGCAGAGGUCGAUGUGGAUGUUGCUAUGGCUCUAAGAGAUCAAAAAAGACUGUUUGAGGCCAUAAAGAUGAAGGAGAUAUUCCCUGAGUUGAUGGAAAAGCCUGAUAUUGAAGAUGUUUCUACUGGGGUCAGUGGUUCAAGUUCAACGUUGGGUGUUUCCCAUUCCUCAGACUCAGAAUUGAUAAAAAAUGGUUUGGCAAAGAUGGAUCAAAAUGAACAAAGUCAAGAUGUUUCUGAGGAUGUUUCUGCUGGGAUCGGUGGUUCAACGGUGGGUGUUUCCCAUUCCUCAGACGACUCAGAAUUGAUAGAAAACGGCUUUUCAAAGAUGGAGCAAAGUGAACAGAGUCAAGAGGAAAUAGACGCUUUGGUAAAAAGCCGAGAUAUGGAAGGCAUACCUCGGCCUUCCGAGAUAUGUGAAAUAUUCCCAAAACUGAUGGAGGAGGAUGUUUCUGGUUCAACGGUGGGUGUUUCCCGUGAAUUGAUAGAAAAUGACUUUGCAAAGAUGGAGCAAAAUGAACAGAGUCAAGAGGAAAUAGACGCUUUGGUAAACAGCCGAGAUAUGGGACGCAUUCAAAAAUACAGCAACUGGGAGAAAAUAUUCAGAAAGGAGAAAAUGGGCUGCAAUCAAACAGUCAAAAACCUGAAUAAUGACGAACGACAAGUGGAACAAAAUGAGGUGCAAACGUUAGCAUUGAGUAAGGAGGAGAAUAGAGACUUCAAACAGGAAGAAGAGAUCUCGGCUAAUGCUAAUGCUAAUGCUAAUGCUCGAAACGAGGGGGGGGCGACGGGUCUGGCUCCAUGGCAGGACGGGGUUCUGGAAAGGUUGGGAAAGGAAUUCAACAUUGGGGAAUACAACAUGUAUCUGGUUCACAACGGGGCGAUGUUGAUCAACUUUGGGCAACUGGCCGCGUGCACCCCCAGGGAGAAGGAUUUCGUUUACGGGAACCUGGAACCGAUCGAAGUGAAGACGGUACACACUUUUAACGUUCCCACAAGCUACAGGGCGAAACGCAGUCACCUGAAGGACCCCAUGAGCAAGGCAGCGACCAAACACCAGGGCGUGGACACCUCAGAUCUGGGCCUAACCCUGGAGGAUAUUCCCAAAUCUGACGAGGUUAUUUCGACACUUUUGUGCUCCCUGGAAAAGGAAUUCAAAGGGCAUGUUAUCUCUCAAAGUACCUGGACUGACGGGAUUUAUGUCGAUGUGGGGACUCAAACCUACAACUUCCCAUCUGCUCCGUUCAAAGAAGGAGCCUCUUUAGCUGACGUCGUAGCUAGCAAACCUCGCGGUCUUUAUAUUCAAAUCGAAGCAGAACCCGUCACCAGGAGACACAACAGAAAUAGCUCGGCGUUUAACUUUACCUGUGGUCACUUUUUCCGUCGUGAUGAGUUCAGGUCCCAUUUCAGGAACGCCCACAGUGAGAUCCAGGCCUGGUUUUUGCAGCGCUGCCCGUUAGCAUACCUGGGCUGCACGUUUUCCCAAACCAGGUUUAAUCCCUCAGGUCAACAAGCUAACAUCAAAUUCUGCCCGGAUACCGACUCCCUUUCCCUGGUCCCCUCCACCUAUCAGGGAACUGUUGAUCCGAAUAUUGACACCUUUAGUAAUUUGCCUUUUGAGGUGCUACAGCUAGUUGCUAGCUACCUGGAUAGCUUCACUUUGUCUCAGCUUUCCCAGGUUUCUCACAGGAUGAGAGAGGUGUGCGCCACGUUUCUGCAGGAGAGGGGGAUGGUCUCCCUCCAGUGGAGGAAAAAGACCUACUCACAUGGAGGAAGCUCCUGGAAAUACAUCCCAUCAUCAUCUGGAAAAUUCAACUGA